AUGAUCAUGAAGGGAUGGAAAGGAGGGCCUGGAGAGCUACCGCCUCGCCUACAAGAUCCACUGGUUGAGCAACAGCUGGACAUCCAGAUUACUGAAUCUCUGGUGGAUAUGGAACUGGGAAAGCUGGAAGAGGCUCUGUUCUAUCACUAUCUGACUCAGCAACCUCCUCUCCAACCUCAACCACAACGGCCACAGCUACCUCCCCAACCUCAACCACAACUUCUGCAGCCACCUCCUCAAGCUCAAGCUCAAGUUCAGCAGCAGCAUCCAGCAGAACUGGAGCUGGAAUACAAUGAUGAUGAGGCGGUCAAUCGCUAUCAGCAGCUUCGCCUUUUGUUACAAGGCUCCCAUAACUACAGCAGGGAGUCUGUUGACGACGAGACAAAGGAGGUUGCUGUUCUGUUCAGGGAUCUUCGCGUUUUGCAAGACUGCGACAUUGAACCAUUGCAAGAAUUCCUUGCGCACGAUGCCUCAGAUGCAAUCUAG